AUGAUCUUUAUACUGUUCAUUAUUGUAUUGCCUGCUGGCACACUUUCUAUUUUUUAUAUUUUCUUUCUGCUUUUCAAACCUUUUUUUCCUCUUUUCAUACAUUUCUUUCUUCAUUUUCUUUCUAGCUAUCAAACCUUUCUUCUCUUUUUUUCUAUUUUUCAUUUUUUUCUUUAUAUCUUUCAAAUCUUUCUUUUUUUUAUCUUUCUUUCUAUUUUCUUUAUUUUUAUUUCUAGGCUUUCAUACUUUUCUUUAUUUUUCUUUAUUUUUCUAUUUUUCUCUAUUUUUUCUACCUUUCAAAUCUUUCUUUUCCUUUCUUUUUUAUUUUCUUCAUUUUUCUUUCUAUCUUUCAUUUUUUUUUUUUCUUUAAUUCUUUUUUCUAUUUCUCUUUUUAUCUUUCAAAUCUUUCUUUCAUUUUUUUCUUUGUUACUAUUUUCAUUUUAUUUUCUACCUUUCAAAUAUUUCUUAAUAUUUCUUUCUUUUUACGAUUUUUUUCAUUUUUCUUCUAAUUUGCCUUUCAAAUCUUUCUUCUUUUUUUUUUCCCUCGAUCUCUUUUCUCUUUUCUUUUUAUUAAUUUCUCUUUUGUUCUUUCUUUCUUUCUUUCUUUUUUCACUUUUCUUUAUUAUUUUUUUCACAAUCCAGCAACCAACUUUACUUUUCUUGUCACUUUCCGGAAAGACGAGAUUGAGACCAUGUCCGAAAUCAUGGACAAAUGAUGAAUGUGGACAUUUGGUCUUUCUUCAUGUUGACAUCUUUCUUUCUUUCUUUCUUUUUUUCUUCUUCUUCUUUUUCUUCUUCUUCUUCGGCUUUUAUCGGCUUCCGUCUCCUCUUCCCCCUUCUCCUCUUCAACUUCUUUCUUAUCCUCCUCCUCCUCUUUUUCUUCAAUUAAUUUUUCUUCUUCCUCCGCUCGUUGAAAAUCUUCCUUCUUCAGAAUUUCAUUCUCCUCCUCCUCGGUUCUCGUUUUUCAGCCUCUUUCUUCUUCUUCUUCUUCUUCUUCUUCUUCUUCUUCUUCUUCUCUUAUUCAAUUUCUGCCGCUUCCUCCUCCUCCUCUUCCUCCUCCUCUUCCUCCUCCUUCAAGCUUCUUUCUUUCCUAUUUUUAUUCUUUAUCAUCUCCCCUUUCAUAUUCAACUUCUUUCCUCCCCUUACCCUCUUCUUCAACUUCUGUUCUGUUUCUUCCCCCUCCUCAUGUCUUUCAACUUCUUUUUUCUUCCAAUCUUCUUCUUCCUGCUCCUACUCCUCUUCCUUUUGUUGUUGUUCUUCCUCUUCCUCCUCUUCCGCCUUCUCCUCUCCUUCAUUUAA